AUGGACGUCUUCGUCUCUGCGACCUUCGACCAGCGUGCCAAGGACCUCAUGCUCGAGUGGCAUGUGCCUGGCAUGUCUCUCGCGGUGGUCACAGGUGAUGAUGUAGCGUCGAAAGGAUUUAGGCACGCUUCAAUAAAGCCUUCAAAGCCAUGCACACCGGACACAAUAUUCGACAUUGCUUCCUGCUCGAAGUCCUUAACGGCUGCCUCAGUGGCUCUACUAAUCGCGGACAAUGAUCACUUCAAGGACAUCACGAUUGAGGAUGUGUUGAGUCACCGCACUGGCCUACCAUCACACGACAGCUCAUAUGUGGGCAUCAAAGCGGAACAUCCAGACCUCGCAAAGAGUGUGACUCGCAACCUACGCAAUUUGGAGAUCAAUGGAGAUCAGAGAUGA